UGGACUGCUCUGCCGAGCCAAGCUGUCAGCCCAUGUGGCGUGGCCCGGCCUGGACUUGCACAUUUAAAAUCUCCAGAGAAGAACGCAUUCAAUGAAGCACCGAGGCUGACGUCAACCUCCAGACUCCGUUAUCACGGACCGUCCCCGUGGUCUCCUCCAAACGAACUUAAGUCACAUACCGGAUCGCUACAUGCCAACAGGAACUAAAAUAACUUGAGCAACAAGAUACCGGCUGCAAUUACAAUGGAGGAUAUUGUCAUAUCUGGGAUAUCAGGCCGUCUGCCUGAAUCAAACAACCUGGAGGAGUUCUGGGAAAAUCUGCUAGGCAGCGUGGACAUGGUCACAGAGGACAACAGACGCUGGGAGCCAGGUUUGUAUGGCCUUCCACAGAGAAACGGCAAAUUGAAAGACAUCAGCCACUUUGAUGCAGUGUUUUUUGGAGUUCACCCCAAACAGGCCAAUACCAUGGACCCUCAGCUGCGUAUAAUGCUUGAAGUGGCCUAUGAAGCCAUUGUAGAUGCAGGGCUGAACCCGGCCUCACUGCGGGGCACUAAGACAGGGGUGUACAUCGGGGUGAGUGGUUCGGAGGCAGGUGAGGCCUUCAGCAGAGACCCAGAGGAGCUGUUGGGCUACAGCAUGACCGGCUGCCAACGUGCCAUGCUGGCUAACCGACUCUCUUACUUCUUUGACUUCAGUGGUCCAAGCACAGCCAUAGACACAGCUUGCUCCUCCAGUUUGCUGGCGUUAGAAAAUGCCUUCCAUGCCAUUCGUCUGGGUCAGUGUGAUGCAGCGCUAGUUGGUGGAGUCAACCUGCUGCUCAAACCCAACACCUCAGUUCAGUUUAUGAAGCUGGGCAUGCUCAGUCCAGAAGGGACCUGCAAGUCCUUUGAUGCUUCAGGAAAUGGAUACUGCCGUUCAGAAGCAGCUGUAGCUGUGUUGCUAACUAAGCGCUCAGUGGCAAAGAGAAUCUAUGCCACAGUGGUCAAUGCAGGAAACAAUACAGAUGGAUACAAAGAGCAGGGGGUGACGUUCCCUUCAGGGCAAAUGCAGCAGAAGCUGGUGAGCACUCUUUAUGAAGAGGCCAAGAUUAGCCCAGAGCAAGUGGAGUACAUAGAGGCUCAUGGCACUGGCACCAAGGUUGGUGACCCACAAGAAGUGAAUGGCAUUGUGGGCGUGUUCUGUGAGAAAAGAACAGAACCUUUGCUCAUAGGCUCAACCAAGUCCAACAUGGGUCAUCCUGAACCUGCCUCAGGUUUAGCUGCUUUGGCAAAGGUGGUGCUGUCUUUGGAGAGAGGAAUGUGGGCUCCAAAUCUGCACUACUCUAAUCCUAACCCUGACAUUCCAGCUCUCACAGACGGGAGAGUCCGAGUCGUGGACCAGCCAAUUCCAGUCAAAGGUGGAAUUGUCGGAGUCAACUCGUUUGGGUUUGGCGGUUCAAAUGUCCACGUAAUUCUUCGUCCAAACGACUAUAGAAGAGAGGAGAGUGUGAAGAGUGUAGCACGAGUGGUUCCUGCCUGUGGACGCACAGAGGGGGCUGUCAGGGUCCUAUUGCAGAAAGCCCAGCAGCACUCUGAGGACCACAGCUUCCUGUCUUUACUCACAGAUAUUUCCAUGGCACCUGGCAUGACCUUCAGAGGCUACACUGUGCUGGGCUCAGAGCCAAACAUCACUGAGGUCCAGGCAGCACCAUCUACCAACCGCCCAAUCUGGUACAUCUGCUCAGGUAUGGGGACCCAGUGGGCUGGGAUGGGCCAAAGCCUCAUGCAGCUGCCUGACUUCAGAGACUCCAUCCUACGCUCAGACAAAGCCUUAAAGGACACUGGGCUGGUCAUAUCACAGAUGCUCAUGGAAGCCACAGAGGACACUUUUGAAGACACGAUCCAUGCCUUUGUUGGUCUCGCAGCUAUUCAGAUUGCCCAGAUUGACCUGUUGAAAAAGAUUGGCCUGCAGCCUGAUGGUAUUGUGGGUCACUCUGUGGGAGAAUUGGCCUGUGGCUACGCAGACGGUUCCCUCAGUCAGGAAGAAGCUGUUCUGGCUGCUUACUGGAGGGGGCGUUGUAUCAAAGAGGCCAGCCUACCCCCUGGAGGCAUGGCUGCUGUGGGGCUGACAUGGGAGGAGUGUAAGGCUCAGUGUCCGCAGGGAGUGGUUCCUGCUUGUCACAAUGCUGAGGACACAGUUACGAUCUCUGGGCCCCAGGAUGCAGUCCACCAGUUUGUCCAGGAGCUCAAAGAAAAAGGAGUGUUUGCUAAAGAAGUGCGCAGUGCUGGCGUGGCCUUCCAUUCAUACUUCAUGGCAUCCAUAGCUCCAGCUCUCCUGGCUGCUUUGAAGAAGGUGAUCAGGCAGCCGCGGCCGCGCUCUCCUCGCUGGAUCAGCACCAGUAUCCCUCAGUCUGCCUGGGACUCUCCUUUGGCCCUGUCCAGCUCAGCAGAGUACCAUGUGAAUAACUUGGUAAGCCCAGUGCUUUUUCAGGAGGGGCUGAGCAUGGUGCCAGAGGAUGCAGUGGUGCUGGAGAUCGCCCCUCACGCUCUGCUGCAGGCUAUCCUGAAGCGCAGCCUCAAACACACCUGCACCAUCAUUCCACUGAUGAAACGAGGCCAUGUCAACAACCUCAACUUCUUCCUCUCCAACAUCGGCAAAGUCUACAUGAACGGGAUCAAUGUGGACUGUAACAAGUUGAGCCCACAUACCCCCUACCCCGUACCAGUUGGGACGCCUCUCCUCUCACCUCUGGUGGAGUGGGAUCACGCCCAGACUUGGGAUGUUCCUAAGGCUGCAGACUUCUCCUUUAGCUCUGGAGCAUCGAAUUCUGCAAUCAUCUAUAACAUUGACAUAAACCCUGAAUCUCCUGACCACUACUUGCUUGGCCACUGCAUUGAUGGUAGAGUCCUGUUCCCAGCGACUGGUUACCUGGUCUUAGCCUGGCGAACCUUGGUCAAAAGCUUGGGGAUGGUUCUAGACACCACACCUGUCACAUUUGAAGAUGUGGCCAUCCACAGAGCCACUAUUCUUCCUCCAAAUGGUUCUGUGCAGCUGGAGGUGCGUCUCAUGCCGGCCACUCACUCAUUUGAAGUGUCUGAGAAUGGAAACCUGACAGUUAGCGGCAAAGUGAAACUCCCAGAGGACACAGAGUUUCAUUCACUGGGUCACCACAUAAUGUCAGCCAACGAAAUUGAGAGUGACCCCAAACUGAAGCUGAAGGCCUCAGACAUUUACAAAGAGCUCAGACUGCGUGGCUACGACUAUGGAAAGACCUUCCAAGGAAUUUUAGAGUCAAACAUUGCAGGGGACAGGGGAGCGCUGCAGUGGACAGGGAACUGGGUGGUUUUCCUGGACACUAUGUUACAAAUGAUCGUGCUGGGUCUGCCUGGACGCAGCCUGCGUCUCCCCACCAGGAUCCGCUCUGUCCAAAUCAACCCACAAGCCCACAUGGAGAAGCAGUGGCAAUAUGCAGAUAAUAAACAGGCUGUGGGCAUCAGUGUAGAUCACUGUGUGGAUAUGAUUGUGGCUGGGGGAGUCCAGAUCAGUGGGCUCCAUGCUACAGUGGCCCCUCGUCGACAGCAGCAGCAGAACGCUCCCACUCUGGAAGAUUUCUGCUUUGUUCCCUACAUGAAAACAGAGUGCUUGAAAGAGAACAAACACCUAUCAGACCAGCUGAAUUUCUGCAAAGGGUUGAUUCGAAAUCUGCAGUUAAAGUUGAAACCUCAUGGUGUGAGACUGAACAUACCAGGUGUAGAGGGUGUGCCGGUCAGCCCCAUACCCAGCUCUGUACCCUCUGAAGGAGGCCUGCCACGGCUCCUGACACUUUUGUGUGCUCUGGAGCUAAACGGGAACCUAGAGUCUGAGAUGCAGCAGUUGGUGGAGAGGGAGAGGGCCUGUCUGCUCCGUGACCCAUUAAUCCAAGGCCUGCUGAGGGACGCUGCCUUCAGACACUGCCUGGACUCUGCUCUGGAGAACAGCAGGCCUGGAAAACUCAGGGUGAUUGAGGCAUUCUCUGAUGAGGGUCAACUAUUCCCUUAUGCAUUAUCUCUUCUCAACAUUGAGCCCAUGUUACAAGUGGAGUACACUGCUACUGCGGUGCACACUGAGCUCCUGAGCCCCUUUACUGACACUCUGGAGGAGCUUGGGCUGGGCUCAGUGCAGUGGGACCCUCGGACAAGCCCCGCCCCAGGUGCUACUGCCGGGGCCGCAGACCUGCUGCUCUGUAACCACUGGGGCCUUUUGCAGAGUGAACCAGAGCAGCUUGUAUCGAACCUUGUUUCUGGGACCAGAGUGGGGGGGUUUGUCCUGCUGCAUGUGCUGCUAAAGGGGGGCACCCUGGGGGAGACCCUGGCCUUUCUAUGUAGAACCACCAACAGUGGGACCGUGGCUGGACUUAUUUCACAGGCUAAGUGGGAGAGGUGUAUUCUGGAGGCCUCUCUGGACCUGGUCAGUGUCUGGACAUCCUGUUUUGGUUCAGCUCUAUUCCUCUGUCGCCACCGCAUUCCAUCUCCAGACCCUGUAUUUCUAUCUGUGGAUGAUACAUCCUACAACUGGGUGGAGACUCUCAAAUCUCUGCUAUCUACAUCUUCAGAAAGCCCCAUUUGGCUUACUGCCUCUCAGCCUCACUGUGGUGUAGUGGGACUGGUCAACUGCCUGCGCCAGGAACCUGGAGGCAAUCGCAUCCGCUGUGCUUUCAUAUCAAAUCUGGAUGAGUCAUCUGUGAUACCGAGCCUUGUUCCAUCUGAAAAAGAAAUGCAGUCGCUGCUGUCUAAAGACCUUGUGAUGAAUGUGUGGAGGGAUGGUGAGUGGGGAGCCUUCCGACACCAGCUCCUCACCAAUGCCCACAGAGAGGAACAGACUCAACAAGCCUAUGUGAAUGUGCUGACUCGAGGGGACCUGUCUUCUCUGUGCUGGAUCGCCUCUCCCCUCAAGCACUUUAAACCUUCCAACAAAAACUCAGAGCUAUGCAGCGUCUUCUACAGCUCUCUGAACUUCAGAGACGUCAUGUUAGCUACAGGAAAACUGCCUCCAGAUGCUAUUCCAGGUGAUGCAGCCCUUCAGCAGUGCCUGCUGGGGAUGGAGUUCUCAGGUCAAGACCAAAAUGGUCAGAGAGUUAUGGGCUUGCUCCCAGCAAAUGGCCUGGCAACAUGUGUGAGUGCGGACAAGCGGUUCCUCUGGAGUGUUCCCUCAAACUGGACUCUGGAGCAGGCAGCUUCUGUGCCCGUGGUGUAUGCCACAGCGUACUACUCCCUGGUGGUGAGAGGCAGAUUGCGACAUGGGGAAAGUGUGCUGAUCCACUCCGGUUCUGGGGGGGUUGGACAAGCGGCCAUCGCCAUAGCACUGAGCCAGAAGUGCAAAGUCUUCACCACAGUCGGCUCAGCAGAGAAACAGGCCUACUUACAACAGCGGUUCCCAGAGCUCUCCAGUGAGUCUUUUGCCAAUUCCAGAGAUGCAUCAUUUGAGCAGCACGUUCUCCUCCACACAAAGGGCAAAGGUGUGAAUGUGGUGCUGAACUCCCUGGCGGAGGAGAAGCUGCAGGCCAGUGUACGGUGCCUCGCUCGCCAUGGACGAUUCCUGGAGAUCGGGAAAUAUGACCUGUCCAACAACUCCCCCUUAGGUAUGGCUGUGUUCCUGAAGAAUGUGACCUUCCAUGGCAUCCUGCUGGACGCGUUGUUCGAGGAGGGCAACCCCGAGUGGGAGGAGGUAUCCCAGUUGCUAGAGGAGGGGAUUCUGAGAGGUGUAGUAAAACCUCUAAAAACAACAGUGUUUGAAAAAGAACAAGUGGAGCAGGCCUUCAGAUUCAUGGCCCAGGGCAAGCACAUCGGCAAAGUACUGCUCAAGAUCCGUGAGGAACAGGAUUCCUUAGUCAGCCCCCUCUUGACUCUUCCAGCCAUUUGCCGGACAUUUUGCUCCCCUUCCCAUUCAUACAUCAUCACUGGGGGCCUGGGGGGCUUCGGACUAGAGUUGGCACAGUGGCUUGUGGAAAGAGGGGCCCGCAAAAUAGUUCUGACUUCCAGAUCAGGCAUUCGCAAUGGGUACCAGGUGAAGCGAGUGCAGGAUUGGAGGGCUCAGGGCGUGGAGCUGCUGGUGUCAACGAGUGAUGUGUCCACUGUCAAAGGAUCUGAGCAACUCAUCAGUGAAGCUCAGGCACUGGGGCCUGUGGGAGGGGUCUUCCACCUCGCCAUGGUUCUCAGAGACGGCAUGUUGGAGAAUCUAACGCCUCAGCACUUCAUGGAGGUCAACAAACCUAAAUAUGAUGGAACAUUGAACUUAGACAGUGUGACACGGAAAAGCUGUCCAGAGUUAAGCUACUUUGUGGUUUUCUCCUCUGUGAGCUGUGGACGUGGUAAUGCUGGGCAAAGUAACUAUGGCUAUGCGAACUCUGCAAUGGAGCGUGUGUGCGAAAAGCGGCACAGAGAUGGCCUGCCAGGCCUAGCCGUGCAGUGGGGGGCCAUCGGGGAUGUGGGCGUGGUGCUGGAGACUAUGGGAGACAAUGACACAGUGAUUGGGGGCACUCUUCCUCAACGCAUUACCUCCUGUUUAGAAGUGCUGGACCUGUUCCUGUGCCUAGGAAAACCAGUCACGUCCAGCUUUGUGCUAGCGGAGCGCAUGGUGGUCAAAGGCGAGUCUGGGGGUCAGGCUGACCUGGUGGAGGCUGUAGCGCACAUUCUUGGUGUGCGUGAUGUGAACAGCCUAAAUGCAGAGGCCACUUUGGCAGACUUGGGUCUGGACUCUCUGAUGGGCGUGGAAGUUCGCCAGACCCUGGAGCGAGAUUAUGACCUUGUUAUGUCGAUGAGGGACAUUCGACAGCUAACCAUCAACAAACUGCGUGAACUGGCUCACAGCAAGGGGUCCACUGCAAAAGAUGUACCUGAUGCGUCCAAGGGAGAGCUUGUCUCUGUGUUGGGCUCUGACAUCAGUGGGCUGCUGGUGGACCCUGAGGGCCCCACACUGACAGCAGUAAACUCAGUGCAGAAUGAGGAGAGACCCUUGUUUCUGGUGCAUCCCAUUGAGGGCACUGUGUCUGCCUUCAGGACCCUGGCCUCUGAGCUGGGUGUUCCCUGCUACGGCCUGCAGUGCACCUCUGCUGCCCCUCUGGAAAGCAUCCAGUCCUUGGCAGCCUACUACGUAUCCUGUAUGAGGCACCUCCAGCCAGAGGGGCCAUAUCGACUGGCUGGAUACUCGUUUGGAGCUUGUGUGGCCUUUGAAAUGUGCUGUCAGAUGCAGGCCCAAGGCUCCACUGUAGAGUGUCUGUUUUUGCUGGAUGGCUCACACUCAUACGUAGCAGCAUACACACAGAGCUACAGAGCCAAACUUACCCCAGAUAAAGAGUCUGAGGCUGAGACUGAAGCGCUGUGUGCCUUCAUACAGCAGUUCAUUGGAAUAGAGUACAAUAAGUUGGUGGAGACUCUGCUGCCCCUCUCUGACCUGGAUGCUCGUGUGGCCUCUGCUGUGAACCUCAUCACCUCCAGCCAAAGGGACCUGAGCCAGGACGCUUUGCAAUUCGGUGCCACAGCUUUCUACCACAAACUCAAGGCUGCUGACAGUUACCUGCCCAAAACCAAGUUUCAUGGCAGGAUAGUGUUACUGCGGGCUGAAAGCAGCAGUCAGUAUGAGCAGAGUCUAGGAACAGACUACAAACUUCACGAAGUGUGUGACGGCCCUGUAUCAGUGCACGUGAUUGAGGGGGACCACCGCUCCAUCCUUCAGGAUCCAGGGGUCAAAUCCAUCCGCAGCAUCAUCCACAGCUCACUGUCUGAAGGCCCCAGGACUGUAGCACACUAGCCCCAAGUGAGGGAGGAGAGUCAGUCACAUUCCUCUGGGUCUGGCCCUGUUGGCUGUCCUCAACCUCAGCACAUUUGUGUCCCAUGAAAAUUUAUUCCACUUCACUCUUCUUCUACUUCACUCAAACUAUUAACAUAUUUUCUUUUUUUAAUGAUUAAAAACAUUUUUGUCUUGCACACUAACUCAAACUUAACUUUUCUGUGGCCAAAACUGUUUGGAUGUUUGCAGAGGUGCACAAAUUAUUUCUUCUAAGAAAUUGUGAGCACCUGUUUUAGGCCUGUGCAGCUGUGACGCAUGUACAUCCACACUGUUUAAAGCUUAUCACUGUGCGACACAGUCAAUAGUUUUGCACCCUUUUAACAUUUUAUUUAAUAUUAUAAAAGUGUAUGUUUUUCUAUUUUUGUGUGAACGUGUUGUGCGUUAAUUGAACUGUAUGGUAUGUGUACCUGCUGUAUGAUCACAGUGAGGAGCAGGUCUGUGACUUUUAUGAACAGAUCUUGAGUCUGUGAAAGGUCAGACAGGAUCCUUGUAUUUUUAUAUAGUUUAUGUUACAUCUCCACAACAAAUAAAUGCACUUAAGAUCUAAGAA